AACAAAUCGCCAACCACACUAAGGCGGCCUACGUCUAGUAUUAUAUAUGAACAAUAAUGAGUGAACAGUCCGAUGACAGACGAGGCAACAAAUUCUAGCAGCCAGCGCCUGCGUGCCUGUGAUGCGUGCCGGCGCCGCAAGGUUCGAUGCAAUGGCCAGCAACGAUGUCAACAGUGCAAUCAUCUGAAUCUAGCGUGCAUCUACUCAACAAAUACCAAAGGGCUAUCGAGGAAGAAUGCCGCCCAGAGAGGGACGAUUAUUGAUUCGUGUAGGACCAAUGCAACUAGAACUCUAACUGGAACCGUAACCCGCUCUACCUCGAGCUCGAUCGUGGGUAGCAUAGCACCAAUUCAUCAGCCAUACAGCACAAUUCACAUUCAUCCUGAUCCGUCGUUUUUUACCUCUUUGGUCCCCGAGUAUAUGUCGUCAGUCUAUCCAGUGAACCCCGUCAUCACGGAAAGCGAAGUACGGCAUUGCAUUCAGCGGAUAGGAUGUGACAGGGAUGGAACAUCUUUUCUGUACGCUUAUGCUGCCGUAACCAUAAACCUAUCCAGGAUCGAUAACGUCCAAUUCGCACCAGACGUCCAAGAGCAGAUUGGCGACCUGCUCACCAAAUCCUUUGAGCAUCGGGACCAGCUUGGUCUUAGCGAGCGACCAACAAUGCUGCGUGUCAUGAGUUCGCUGUUCAUCGAGAUCUGUCUAAUGGGUCUGCGUAAACCCGAUCUGGCAUUCACGUAUCUUCGUGAAACCAUCUCGCUACUGUACAUGCUUCACGUUGACAAGCCCGAAGUUAUGAGCUCCCUGCCGCCACACGAGCGAGGUAGGAUAGAACGGGCCUUCUGGGAAUGCUUCAUCCAUGAACGCUUCACAGCCCUGACCGAGUUUAAGCCCAUCUGUCUGUACCCUCUACACACACCUCCGUCCCCUGACCCGUUGUUACCUCCUUCGUUGGAUCUCGGAUGGAGACUACUGAUUCAGACCUUCUCGCUCGUUGAUCGGGAAUUCGUGGACCUUUGGCUAGGGGACCGCUCGCAGGUCACGUCAGAGUUCAUCGAGCGGAAGCACCAUCAGCUAGAUGAAUGGCAAUGGGAGGUCGAGGUACCGACGCUGUCGCCCAUGCAGAAGGCAGACCUGAUCAUCACCCGCCAGUGGUUGCGCACUGUGACUUGGCAGAUGGCCAUUUCCAACAUCCAGCUGCCGGCCGAGAACCAGUCCGAGUCGCUGUCGCUGUCGCUGCCGCUCCGACUCUCGAGCGAGCUACGGCAGUUUCUGGCGCACAUGUCACACGAAGACGUGGGGAUACACGGCUCCGGUAUCCUGAACAAGCUAUUCGAGAUCACAAAUACCAUUGCAGACGUCGUGAUCCACUUGCCACAAGCUUCGACUAGCGACACGCUACAGCGGGUGGACGACAUCCUGGCGCUCAAGCGGUUCUUGUUCUCAUUUGACAGGAUCGAAAGAAUCCACAAAACCAUCAUGAUGGAGAAGAUGGAGAGAAUGAAACAAGUAUACCCUGCGAUGGCCGAGAUCGACCUGCUCGUAAACUCGCCCACCAUGCUAUGAAUUACGACUAGAUUUGAGCAUUUUCCUACAUAUUUAUACCACAGCUAGGAAGUAUAGAAUUAUUAAUUGUAUUAUUCUUAGCAGUCGUCGGGACCUUAACUUUGCACAUUUCCUUUUGAGGUGAAGGGUUCAGUUGUAAAUAUGUAGCAUAGAAUAUUACUAGGCGCGUCAGUCUAGAGUUGUGAACAAGGAUGAUAUUGGA